GAAUUUGAAUUCUUUCAAACACUCGAAAUGCAUUUACGUGUUGAGAAUCCGCCUCUUUCUGGCCGGGAUCAUUUGGCUUAUCGAUCUUUUUAUGCUCCGUGUAAGUUUGUUGUUGAUGGCGAUUUAUGUGAGCAAUAUUCUACAUUGGAUACAGGAAAACAGAGAGAAAUCGCUUCUGCUCUAGGUUUACAGCCUGGGGUUGUUGUAAAGAAAUUAGAAGAUUUGAGAACGCGUUAUGCUUUUUAA